AUGGCCAGCCAACCACAUCUGGGAUCUCGGUGACGCACCCCAAGUCGUAAAACGGGGGCUUGGUGCCCGGCCUAUCACAGCAGCUAUCAGGCGUGGCGAACGAAUGGGUAGCCUUAGACCUUAGGGCGAGCUUGGACGACUAGGCCUUCGGAUGUCGAUCAGCGUUUUCACGUUCAGUUCUCACGAUCCUCGCGGCCCCAGCUAGCCUGGUGAUCACGUUACGCCGACUUCACGACAAAGUACCUGUCUGCCUGAUUCUUCCAUCUCUUCCUACCGCCCAACUCCUCGUCGGAUCGUGGUAACACUCUGGAGACACGCCGCGGCCGGCCUUAGCAGCUUCGAAUGCGGUCUUCCUCCUCGGGGCGCGUGUCCGUCCCACCCAGGCGGCGGUUACAGAGAGCUCUAACACCGCCCCCCGCCUACACGGAGCACGACGUUGGCCUGUCGACCCAGCUAGUCCCUUAUGUGCAGAACGUCCCGAACGAGCCGGAAGAGGCCCCGCGGCCCGCCGCAUCAGGGAGCACUCGCUGCCAGUCGACCUUCUGCUACAAGACCCCGGCCGCCGGGAGCAACUACUGCCGGAAGCACGAGUGCGGCUCCGAAGGCUGUAUCGGCCGCAAGGGGAAGGGCCGCGGGAAGAAUUACUGCUCGGAGCACGAGUGCCGCUGGCGAGGCUGCGACGAGUGCAAGGCCUACCCCUCAAACUACUGCGUGCGCCACACCUGCCACCUCGACGGCUGCGACGUGCCGAAUAUCGAUGGCGGGUACCAGUACUGUGAGGCCCACACGUGCCGGACCUGGCGAUGCCCCGGCCUCCGCGAGCUGCCAUCGCGGUACUGCGCCAAGCACCGAUGUCGCGCCGCCGGCUGCGACCGGGGCUUCCUUAAGCCGGGCGAGUUUUGCGUCGGCCACAAAUGUGAAGUAGAGCGAUGCCGCGCCGCGAAACAAGAGGGCGGCGGCAGCCUGUGCGCGCGGCACGAGUGCGUGGUCCCUGGCUGCGGCGGCCGGCGGUUUGAGAAGAGCCAGUGCUGCGGGACGCACAAAUGCGCGGCGAAGGGGUGCGUGGAGGGGCAGGUCGAGGGUUCCGGCCACUGCGCGCGACACAAGUGCCGGGUAUGCGAGCGGGCCUGCGUACCAGACAGCGGAUUCUGCCGCCGCCAUAAGUGCCGCGACGCGCGGUGCGCGCAUGCUCGCGAGGCCAACUCGACAUGGUGUGCGCGGCACGUCUGCCAGUGGACGGGGUGCGGAGAGUCGGCGCUGCAACGCAACGGCUUCUGCGGCGACCACACCUGCGCCGUCGAGGACUGCGCCCAGCGCAUCAACCAGGUCGACGACCACGUCGGCGACUACUGCCUCGCCCACACGUGCGCCGAACGAGGCUGCUUCCACCGCACGUCGCGAGCCGCCUACUGCACCGAGCACGAGUGUCAGCGGCGCACCUGUCCCAACCCGCGGUUCUGGAGCGACGAGGGCGACAGCGAGCAGCUCCCCAAGGAACACAAGUGUUGCCGAGACCACACGUGCGUCCUCGAGGCGUGCUACGCGCCGGCCCUCCGCAACAGGGUGUUCUGCGAGGACCACGUCUGCCGGUUCGCAGACGGCUGCAUCUCGCCGCGGGCGCCAAACCUGACGUCCUGCGAGGCCCACCGGUGCCUCGUGGCGCUGUGCCGGGACCCGUGCGUCCCCAACAGCGUGUUCUGCGAGAGCCACGUGUGCGCUCGCCGGGGAGGCUGCACCGAUGGCCCGGUCGAGGGGGGGCGGUUCUGCGCGCGGCACACGUGCGCUCGCCACGGGUGCGUCGAGCGCUGCGGCGACGGCGGGUUCUGCAAGGAGCAUGUCUGCGCCUGGGAGGCGGGCUGCCUGGACGGCCGCGGCGGCCCGGAGCAGCUCUACUGCGACGCCCACACGUGCACGCAGAAAGACUGCCUCGAGAAGUGCAAGGGGUCCCAGGGCCUCUGCCCGGCGCACGCCUGCCGCUGGAGCCACACCUGCGUGGGCGCGCCGUCGGGCUCGGGCGACUACUGCCAGCGCCACACGUGCGCGAAGACGGGAUGCGCCCGCGCGAGCGUGGCCGAGGGCAGCCUGUGCAGCCGCCACACCUGCUCGUGGGACUCGACGAUCUGCCUGCAGCCGCGGUGGAAGCGCAGCAACUACUGCGAGGAACACACGUGCGGCGAGAUGGGCUGCGGGUUCGCCCGGACCUCGGGCGGAUCGUACUGCCUCGACCACUCCUGCCAAGCCUCGCGAUCGUGUACGGGACAGGCCGAACCGGGCAGCGAUUACUGCAUCGAGCACAAGUGCAGUCGGCCGAACUGCCGCCUGAGGAGCGUCGGGGACACUCAGUACUGCAAGAACCACAAGUCGCUGAACCAUACCAUCGCGACGCAUAAUCUGGCCAGCCUCCAAAGUUUUCGGUCGCGGAGCGGCUACCAAUUCAUCGAUCCUCUCGUCGCGUCGUCGCUCGUAGGCGGCGAGACGCCGCGGGAGAAGAAUCCGCGAUAUUCGACGAGGCGGCGCGAAUGGGUAUGAGCAUAUGACGGAUACGAGGGUAUGAGACCGGAGCAAAACUUCAUGAGAAAAUGGAGAAUGUAGGCAUAUUGACUGGGAUUUACAAGGUUUGGGUAGGGCAUGGGCAUGGUUGAUGUUUGAUGAUAUCCCCCGCCACAGUAUUUACCCACGGGCAUCUUUUUAGGAAGCGAAGUCUGGUAAAAAAAAAAUUUGUACCUUGAAAAUAUUAUUUCCACCCCUCCUCGCCCUCGGAACCCGCGGACCUAGCUCAGCACAACGCCCAUCUCCGGCCUGGCUAGUACAGCGGCGGCAGAC